CGUGGGGAGGGGCCCUGGGCUCUCCAGGCCCAGCACAGACAUUUCCCUGCCCGCAGUGAGAAAAUCCCUGAAUCGGAGCCUGGGGUUGCUUUGAUCUCCAUCCCUCCUCGUACUAGUGGACCCCAGCCUCGGACUGCCAGGAUCUCCCCUGGGCGAGCGUCUUGCCUUCAGCAGCCCACUGUGGUAGUCUGGCCCGUAAGCUCAUCUGUUUGAUGAGACUAUGAUGGAUUUUGUACCAAGAAUGCCUUGUGAGGGACCAUCCGAAAACCCAUAAUCUGCUGAUCAUCAUUGUCCUGGGGAAAUACGCCUGGUGACAUCGCACACCAAGUUGUAAGGUUCUGGUAUGUGACAUUACUGAGGCCCCUUCCACGCACAGAAAGCAGGCCCAAGCCAGUCCCUCGGAGACACAGGGCAAACUGAUGCCUCAGCUAGAUGCCAACACAGUCAAAUGGCCUAGCCGCUUGCUUACGCGGCGAUUCUUUGGCAGAGCAAAGGGGACUAAAGAGGAUCUGACCCUGGACCCAACCACGGCCCACCCCCUGCUGGAGAUCUCGCCGGACGGGAAGGAGGUGAAAUGUGGGACUUUCCCAAAGGACGUCCCUGCCGGCCCGAGGCGAUUCGACACGGCCAACUGCGUGGUGGCCGACCAGAGCUUCCGAGCGGGGCGGCACUACUGGGACGUGUCCGUGGGCUGGAAGCGGCGCUGGAACCUGGGCGUCGUCUCGGACUCGGCAGAGCGACGGGGCCGGCUGAUCCAGACGAAGUCCUGGCUGCCGUGGUCUGGGGAGGUCUGCGCCGAGGGCUACUGGCUGAUCGGCUACGACGCGCAGAAGGCUGGGAAGCCGUACUGGGCCUUCGACACCCACCCGAUGCCCUUCGACUGUAGCCACCGACCUCAGACCAUCAGGGUCUGUCUCGACUACGAGGCCGGGGAGGUCUCCUUCUAUGGAGCCGAUGACCCCGAUAAUUUGAUCCCCCUGUACUCCUUCUACCACGCUGAGUUCAAGGGCACCUCCGUGUACCCCCUCUUCGACCCCUGCUGGCAUGAUAAGGGGAACAACACUGACCCCCUUAAAAUCCUGUGACCAGCAGAUUUGCUAGUGGGGCGGGGGGGCCAAAGCGGUCCCAGCCCUGGGACUACCAGCGUACCCCUGGGCAGAGCCAGCGUCCCAGCCCUGCUCUGAGAGCCGCACUGCCCCCUCCCCGCGCCCGGGCAAAGCUCGGCCAGCAGGAGCUGGGCUGGGCAGAGAGAAAGCAGCGAGCAGAGACCAUGGGCGACUCACUCACUCACUGCCGUACGUUCCCCCUGCCCAUCCCCUGCGGGUUUGUCUUGAGUACAAUGUAUCCUGAUCAGUAGUGAAGCGCCCACCCCCCACUGCUCUAACCACCAGGCCCCACUCCCCUCCCAGGCCUGCUCCCAGCCCUCUCCCUCCCCCAACUCUAGAUUCCCUUUCCCCUCCUGCCCUGGGGACAGUCCCCAGGCAUAGAAUCCAGGUUGCCCCCGGUGUCCUCGUUCUGACCUGUGCAAAGUGCAGAUAAAACGCCCGCUGUGACGUGGGGGGGGCGCUGCCUGUCUCCGUCCUGGCGCUCCUCCCUACGAUCCUCCAGUCCCUUUAGCCGCAGCUCCAGCUCCGGCCGCCGC